CGCGUCCUGGGGGAUGGGGGGCGCAGCCCUCCUGCUCCUGCUCGCGGUGGCCGCGGCCCCGAGGGAGACCCGGGCGGGCCUCCACUCCAUGAGGAUUUUCUACACCGCGAUGACCCGGCCCGGCCUCGGGGAGCCCCGCUUCAUCUCCGUGGGCUACGUGGACGACACGCAGUUCAACCGCUUCGACAGCGACUCUCCGGGCCAGACCUUGGAGCCGCGGGCGCCCUGGGCGGAGCAGGUGCGGCAGGAGGAGCAGGAGGAGUGGGACUGGAGGACGCGGAUCCUAAGGGACCGCACACUGUGGUACGGAGCGCAGCUGGACGCCCUGCGCGGCCUCUACAACCAGAGCGAGACCGGCUCUCACACCUUCCAGAGGAUGUCUGGCUGCGACGUGGGGCCCGACGGGCGCCUCCUCCGCGCUUACAGUCAGUUCGCCUACGAUGGCGCCGAUUACCUGGCCCUGAAUGAGGACCUGCGCUCCUGGACCGCGGUGGACACGGCCGCUCAGAUCACCCUGCGCCGGUGGGUGGUCCAGGGUGUGGCAGAGGAAUUCAGCAACUAUGUGGAGGGCAGGUACUUGAUGUGGCUGCGCACAUUCCUGGAGUACGGGAAGGAGACUCUGCAGCGCACGGAUCCCCCAAAGACACAUGUGACCCACCACCCCACCUCUGAGUAUGAGGUCACCCUGAGGUGCUGGGCCCUGGGCUUCUACCCUGCGGACAUCACCCUGACCUGGCAGCGAGAAGGGGAGGACCUGACCCAGGAGAUGGAGCUGGUGGAAACCAGGCCUGGGGGAGAUGGAACCUUCCAGAAGUGGGCGGCUGUGAUGGUGCCUUCUGGAGAGGAGCAGAGAUACGUGUGCCACGUGCAGCAUGAGGGUCUGCUGGAGCCCCGAGUCCUGAGAUGGGUGCCCCCUCCUCAGUCCUCCAUCCUCACCAUGGGCGUCAUUGCUGGCCUGGUUCUCCUUGGAGCUGGGCUCACUGGAGCUGCAGUGGCUACAGCUGUGAUGUGGAGGAAGAAGCACUCAGGAGGACAAGGAGGAAACUACACUCAGGCCGCAGGCAGCGACAGUGCCUAGGGCUCUGAUGUGUCUCUCAGCCCCUAAGUAUCUUUUACAAUGAACCUGAUGAGGCUCCUGUUGUGCACACCUUGGACAGCAGUGUGAUGGUGUCACUGUUGUUCUUAACUGUGGUAUUGAGCAUUUGUUUGUAUUUUUAUUUUUCUAUGUCUACAUAAGUUGCUAUGUCUAUACAUAAUAAUAAAUAAAAUAUAAUAAAUAAAAAGAUUUAUUUAUUCAUGCAUACAAGAACUGGGGUACAGGCCAGAUGCACAGGAGGUGAUAAGAUUCACCAGAGACAGAGUGGGGAACAGAACAGGCAGACUGAUGAAAUACACUGCUGAGGGGAGCAGCGGGUGAGACAGGAGAGGUCUGCCGCUCCAUGUGGGAUUCUCGCCCACCGGCCAGGAUCGAACCUGCACUGCAGAGGCUGCGGACAGCUUCACAGUGCUGCGCUCAACCACCAGGGCCACCAGGGGAGGCCUGGAAGUCAUUUUUUUUUUUUUUUUGCUGUAUUUAUAACACUGUUUUUUGUCCUUAUUAAAAUUGGGUUAUUUCUUGCUGAUCAUUGAGUUUUAAGCAUUAUUUGUAAAUUCUUGAUACAGUCCUUUAUCAGUUUGUGAUAUGCAAAUGUUUCCCCCCACUCUGUGACCUGAACUCCUUUGCUGUCGGGAAAACAAGCAUUAUUGUCCAGACAGAAGCAUGGAUAUAUUUUUUUAGAAAAGAAAAGAUAAGUUGCUAAUUGGUUUUGAGCAGAUACUGGCUGACUGGGAUGUUGGGGGAUGGAAGGGAAUGAAUUACUUAUGUGUAUCCUUGAGUGUUAUUUAAAUGUCCUUCCAUGAGCAUGAAAUAUGCUUUCAAAAAUAAAUUACUCUUCAUUCCUCAAUUUAUAAAACUCUUCACACAUCAUGUCCAAAUCAUGUGUUACGAUCAGACUGGCACAUGGGUUACAAGUGAUGGACCUGCACAUCAUAGUCGCACAGUCAUGGUUUCACUCAGGGGUCACUCUGGUGUUGUCCAUUCUGUGGGUGUUGGGCAAAUAUGUAAUGACCUGUGUCCAUCAUGAGAAUAUCAUGCAGAGUAUUUUCACUGCCCAUAAUGUCUUCUGUGCUCCAAGGAAGCAAAAGCAAAAAGAAACCAGUGGAAUCACAUGAGACUAAAAAGCUUCUACUUAGUGAGGGAAACUCAUUAAAAUGAAAAGACAAUAUUGAGUUGGAGAAAAUAUUUGCACAUCAUCAAUCCAAAAAGGAGUUACUAUCUGAGAUCUACAAAGAACUGCAAAACAAGAAAACAACUCAAUAAAAACAGGGCAGAGGAGCUAAAUAGAUACUUUUGUAAAGAAGACAUACAGAUGGCCAAUAGGUAUGUGGAUAAAUGUUUGUCGUGUGCUGUCAGGAAAAUGCCAAUUAAAACCACAAUGAGUUACUACCUUACACCUGUGAGAAUGACCCACUGACGGGUGUGAACUCUCUCUGGUACAUGGUUGGUGGGAAUGAAGUCUGGUCCUGUUAUUGGGCAGAAUGAGGGUUUCCCAGGACCCUCAAACCUGUACACUCUACAUGGGAUCUGCCAUCAUCUGAAAAAAGACAAAACAUACUCUAAAGCAUAAGACCUUCACUAGAAAAGAACUUUUAAUACAAUCAGGGUGCAAUAGAGAAUUAGUGUGCAAUAGAGAGAAGAGAAAGAAUAUAGUUAGAAUAGGUCGCAAGUGAAACACCCAAAGUUACCUGUCCCCUCAUGGGUAAAUGCCCAGCAAAACAGGGUUGGCCCAAAGCAGGCCCACUGGGGCCCGAACGCCUGCCACAAGGCUAAGGCACCUACUGGUAGAGACCCAUGGGACAGGGGCAGGAGGGGCCAGGCAAGUCUGGACAGACGAGAGCAAAAUCAAAAUCCACAUCAAGAUAUCAGCUGCCAUUGUCAGCUUCUCCAUGGGCCUUUCACCCAAGUCUUUGUCUCUUUCACGUGUCUCUUUCUGUGUCCCCAAUUCCCUGGCACAAGUCCAAGCCUGAGGAACAAGCCUGGCUUCUUCACAUGUCUCUCUGCUCCAUGCGCCUCCUCCAGUCUUCUUUCCUCAUCUCACUCCACGUCUUCCUCCUCUUCCUUAGCUUCUCAUCCCUGCUCAGCCCACAUUUCCUUGGGUGGGGCGGUAACCUGGAACCUCUCUUUUCUAUGGAUAGCACAUUGGUCCUGCCCCUAUGGAAAACAAAUGAAGGUUCCUCAAAAUAUUCAUAAUGCAACCAAAAAAAAAAAAAAAGGAAAAAAGUCAACAAUGAAAAUAAAAGAAACAUUUGCAUGAAUUAUUCAGUUUAACCCACGACACCCUGUGAGUUGUCAGAUACCAUGAUCCCAGCGUAACUCAUGACUGUGGGGAGUGAGACUCAGAAGCGCAGCCCAGGCCACACAUUGGGUGACCCAGGGUUCUGACCACCCAGGGCCCCCUGCUGUGGCAGCUGCAGUGAGGAAGGGUCUCUGAGCUGAGGAGGCUGAGGACUCAGUGUGGUCACAUCCACUGGAAACAUACAGAGUGAGGGUUGGGCCUCUUAGUGAUGGGCAGCCACUACCUCCCCAGCCAGCCCUUCUAUUGACAAGUCAAAUUAAAAAAAAAUUCCUCCUGAUGUUGCUCUGAUGCUGGAGGCAGGUGGGGUGGGAGAGAAAGUGGAAGUGAUGACAGGCCCUGUGAGCCCUCCCUGCCUGGUGUGGGGAGCAGAGAAGGCAGGUGAGAGUCCAUGUUGAGAAAGGCCUGGGGUCUGUGGGGAACAGAGACUGGAGAGGGUGAGAGUGUGCGGGGCAGGGAGGAGGCUCCUGCGGUCUGACCAGGGCAGGUGUGGUCACCUCCUCCCUGAGCAUCUCCUCUGCCCUCCCUUGUUCACCUUCCUCACCCACCUUGCAGGACAGUCAUGGCCUUGGGGUCCCUACUGGACCCCUCCUGGAAGAAGUGACCUGCAGCAUCUACCUGGAGACAGGAGGCCCCUGGGAGCACCUCUUGUGGCCACAGCUUCUGCCAGGCCUGCUCUCAGCUGAGUGACUCUCUGACCCGCCGAGGUCACUGUGUGCUCUCCACGCUGCCAGGAGCCACCACAAGAGGGAACAGCAGGUUCAGUUUUAUUCUGGUCAGUUUGUCCUCUGGGAGCAGACUUGCCCAGAGGUCAUUUUCCUGCUUCUACAUUUAAUCUGGAUCCCUGCAGCCUUGUGCAAGUGGUGGGAUAUGACCAGCUUUGCUGAGGCCCGCUUUAGCAGCAAGCCUUGACAGAAGCCAUGGGGAGAGAGGCCCAUGGCAUUCUAGGCCCAAACUCAGCAUGUGGACUGUGGGCCUCCCUGAGCUCUGACAGCAUUGGCCUGGGCUGUGCUAUGGCAGGUGUGAGACCGGCCUGGUGGGCUGUGAUAGAGGGGUGCCUGCUCUGGAUGCUCAGGUGAGCAUCUGGCCCUGCUGAAGCCCACUCCCACUGUGAUCCCUGAUGCUGGGGGGAGAGGGGACCUUACUGCGUGCAGCCUACGGGCCUGUUUGAUGCCCUCUGAGUGACACUAUCUGACUUCCAGGGUGAGACUAUCUGACCUCAGCAUCUGGACGCAUGGGCAGGUGUUUCAUUUGGGAACACAGUGCCAGAAUUGUAAUGGGCCAAUCAGAUUCAAGCUCUCACAGCUGUCAUUCAAGAUUUUUUUUGUUUUGUUUUGUUUGUUUGUUUUAAAAGAGAUUUUUAUUUUUACUUAGGUAUGCACACAAGAACUGCCAGAGGUGUCGGGGGUUGGAGGAUUCACCAGAGUCAGAGUAGGGAACAGAACAGGCGGAUCUACUGAAAUACAUUGCUAAGGGGAGGAAAGGGCUAGACAGGAGAGGCCUGCUGAGCCAUGUGAGUUGGCUCCCUGGCCGGGGAUCAAACUCAUGUUGUAGUGGCUGGCAAUAGCUUGAUUGUGAUGUGUCUUUAACCCCUGCGCCACCAGGGAGCCCCCACCAUUCAAGGUUUUUGAGACCAUCCAGGCAUCUACAUGGACCAAUCUGAUUGGAGCUCCACUGGCACCAACCAAACAGCUGGCAUUAUAAAGGGGCCAAUCAAGCUUGAAAGGUGGCGCCCUGAAGAGGAUACAAGCCAGAGCAGCAGCCAGCCUGAGCCACUUGAUAGACAACUACUGGUCAGAUCUGUUGGUACUCCUAGAAAGAUCUUUGCCAAGACCUCCGCACAGUAUGAGACCUUUCCAGAGACCUUUGCUGAGACCUGAUGUCUACACCUGCCUCUGGCCCUGGCUCUAACACCGCCUGCAGAGAACAUCAUCAGGCUGUCCCUGGGGUUUCUAAAGGAGCUGUUUGCUGGUGGCUUAUACCUAGCAUCUCUAAGGCUGUUUGCUGUUGGUACAAUGGCAUCUUUAUCAGAUGUAAACUGGUAUCUCUGGCACCAUUGCCUGCUGGACCAGUGCUGACCAGCACUGCUGACUUGUAUCCGGCCUCCUCUGAGAGCUGUCCACCUCUUCUCAUCCUUGGGCACCAUCUCCUGGUUGCUGUUGCAUCUGGCAGUGUCCAGUCCAGGGUCUGGUGCUGACCGCCUGGCCUUUGGAAGCCUUUGUUUCGGACCACUGGACACUGAGGACACUGUCUGAGAUGAGGGUAAAUAAUGAAAAG